AAACAGUGAAGUGUAGUACUAUUUGAGAGAAACGGGAUUUGCAGAUAUUCUCCCACGGUAACUGUUUUCGUCUCAAUCUCCACGGCGGCCGCGUCGUUUCGACGCCCGCUGGCCGCUAUUGUAUGAGAGUCACAUGGCUGUGCGUGGCGGCGUUGUGCGGUGUGCUAAGCACGCGCGCCGACGCGCCGCCGCCGAGCGAAUUGCGAGUCACCAGCGCCGUGCUCGGCGAUGACGGCGUCGGCGCGGCGCUGCGGGAGUUGGCGGCGGCGGCGUUAAUGGCGAGAGGCGUGCGCGCUAGGGCUGUACCUCCGCCAGAAGAAUGCCUCGCCCCGGCGUCGCGCAAAUGCCACAUAGCUGUGAACCGUCUCCUCACUAGUGGCAACCUUACUGCUGCUAUACUACCCACGCCCGCCGCUGAAGCGCCACUCGACGCCAUGGAUGGCUACGGUCUCGCCGGACUCGGCGAUGCAGCGCCGCCGGCGCGGCGAAUUUGCGUCGCGGCGGGACCAGCCGCGCCGCGCGGGGCAAGAUCUCUUCUCGACCUAGCAGAUGAAGACGUCGCCGCGCUUUAUGAGUUGACACCGAUGGAGGUCGCCAGCGUGUUCGCUAAUACCUCAAAUUGGGAGGGAUUAUCUUAUCCAAAUGGGACGGAAGCGCUGAAAGUGUGCACGACUGGACGCUGCGCGACACUUCUCACUAGCACCACAACCGAAGCGAAGGAACUAGCUACCCUAGCUCACGCUUACUCACUACGCGUACGCGUGGUUCCUCUGGGCACACAUCUAUCUACUGUUAGAUUAAAUCGUCCAUUCAUCGCCUGUGAUGCAUUGAACGUACCUCCUGGCCGGCCGCUCGGCCCACCGCCCUACACUAACUCCAAAGAUCUUGCUUGCAUCUUCGAGCCAUACCGACUACUGAAGCGUGUGAACAGGCGCGCUCCUGAGCUAACGUUAAGCGCGUUACGCGUACUGACUAGGCUAAAGUUGGACGAUUCUCAGUUAGCAGUACUGGGCAAGGAAGCGCGAACACGAGGCGCAGUAGCCGCAGCAAAUGAGUUUUUAUCAAAGAAUCCACUAGCGCUCGGCGCUAGCGAAGUACGCGUGUUGGUGAUGCUACCAGACAAAACGCCGCGUGAAUUACAACUACAGCCACGAGCGCUAGCCGCCGCCGCUGCUCUAGCUGAGUUGGAUGAACAGAGCUCAUCACACGCUACGCGCUUUAAAGUUGAAACGUUCGACGAUGAAUGUUCAGGAUCUACGGCCUACAAACAUCUGUCGGAUGCACUAGGUACAGGUGAAUACGGUGCGUUAUCAGCGGUAGCCGGGCCGGCUUGCGGUGCAGCGUUUGCGGAUGUGGCUAAGCAAACAAAGUCGCAUGUGUUGCCGGUGCUGGCAUAUACGCCGCAGGCUGCAGAAGGGCCGUAUGUACUGCGUGCGGCAGGUGAUACGCGUGACGAGGCUGCCGCUCUAGGAUCCUUACUAUCAGCGCAGAGCUGGCGCCGAAUAGCCGCUCUUACUGAGCCUGGUACACGUGCGCUGCUGGACUCUGCAAACUUGCGCGCCGACGUCGUUGUGCACACCGAGCUGCCCGACGCCGAUGUCGUGGGUGACGAUGUGGUUGGAGAAGACGCCGCCUAUGUGACAGAGACACUUGACGACAUAACCAAACUAGAGCCAGAUUACGAGUUAAUAUCUCAGUGGGCAACCCGCGCAGCGGCAGCAGGUGCACGUAUCCUUCUAGUAUGGCCUGAAGACGCACGCGCACUGCGCGGGGCAUUAUGCGCAGCCCGCGAAGCUAAGCUCACACCGCAAGCCGGCGCGGUGUUUCUCCUCCCACCGCUAGCCCCUUCUGCCCUCAUCCGAGCCAACACUGAUAAGCACCCCUGCUCGACCGAGCAGUUGCAGGCGAUGGCUGACGGCCAUCUUAGUCUGCGGCCCACUUGGCAGAUGGACUGGAUGCCACCAGCCGAUUGGGCUGAGCGCUGGCGUACACAGUGCAGAUUUCAGCCGGUGGCCGGCCCGUGCUCAACGCCCACGCCAAACGCGGCACUUCUGUACGACGUACUGCGUCUCUGGGCUGCUGCACUCUCCCGCUUGCUCACGCGCAGACCCAGCGCACUUGAUGACCUGCACCAGGAAGAGAUCAUCAAAUCACUGAUAGCCGAUGUGGAAAGUCCAGAACACAAUUAUACCGGACUCACAGGACGGUUCGCAUGGGGCAACGGCGCACGAACGUUGCCACUGCGGUUGUUGCAGUGGGACAACGGCACGCAGGCGUACGCUGCUGUCGGUGAUUGGACAAGCACAUUAAAACUGACGCCAAAUGCGAUCCGCUGGCGGACAACUGACGGUUUACCUCCUAACGACGGCGUAGAGCCUUGCGCAUUGCAGCCACUAGCGGACGCUCUACGCUCUGACUGUAGCGUUGCACUAGGAACGCUUCUAGCACUUCUACUUGCUGGGCUAGCAGCCGCACUCGGCGGUGCUGGGUGGUUUCUUAAAAGACGUCUAGAAACACGCUAUCGCGCUCGCUUAGCUGCCCUCGGAUUGUCCACACUAGGACCUAAACUGGACGCGCUCGACCGCUGGGAAUUGCCACGAGAGCGUGUCGUUAUCAACCGCAAGCUCGGCGUCGGCGCGUUCGGUACAGUGUACGGCGGGCAUGCAUUACUAACUGAACGACGCGCGUGGACCGCCGUCGCCGUCAAAACACUCAAACCCGGCGCUGGCAUGGCAGAAAAACUAGACUUUCUUGCUGAAGCUGAAGCUAUGAAGAGGCUUGAACACCCCAAUGUUGUGAAACUACUAGGUGUAGUCACGCACUCAGAACCAGUGUGUACUGUUAUGGAGUUCAUGUUAUAUGGAGAUUUGAAGGGAUACCUGCUGGCGCGGCGGCAUUUGGUGGAAGAAGGAGGCGAAACCGCGGAUGAGGUAUCGCCAACAAGACUGACGGCUAUGGCUGUAGACGCGGCGCGUGCGCUCUCAUACCUCGCUCAACUCCGCUUCGUACAUCGUGACGUAGCUGCCCGCAACUGCCUCGUGUCGGCUCGGCGGCAGCUUAAGCUGGCUGACUUUGGCAUGGCGCGACCAGUAUGCGAGAGCGAUUACUACCGGUUCAGUCGGAAAGGUCUACUUCCCGUGCGCUGGAUGGCGCCUGAAUCUCUGUCUCGGGGCGUUUUCUCUCCUGCCUCAGACGUAUGGUCGCUCGGUGUUCUGCUGUAUGAGAUCGUGACGUUUGGAGCCCUACCAUAUCAAGGGCUCGGUAACGCACAGGUGCUGGCACGCGUCACAAGAGGACGAUCACUUCGCCCACCGCCUGGAUUACAGCCCAACCUAGAGGGGCUGAUGAAGUCCUGCUGGCAGCAAGAGCCAGCGGCACGUCCAAGCGCGGCGGCAGUGGCCGCUUUCCUAGCUGACGCCCCGCGGCUGUUGACGCCUUGUCUUGUUGCGUUCGACGUUCUGCCGCUCGACCCGCCGCGGCCGUCUGAACACUCUGAACACGAGGACCUACAAGAACGCUGGGUGUCGUGGGCGGCACCGCCGUCCGCCGCCACCGACACAACGUACCUCAGCGCCGACGCCGACGCCGACACGGAGCCAGACUCGCCCGGCGUCGACGUGCCCGUAGAAACACAGCGGUUCCUCCCUUGACAUAUCAUGAGAUUCAUGAGGCUAUUGCAUAAAAAGUUCCAAAUUAAACCUUUCAUUAAUAUAAAACAAAU